AGUGACAGGCAGCAGAGAGCCUGACACUUUACUACAGGCAAGGACUGAUGAGAGGGAAGAGACAGUGACAGAGAAUACUAGAGAGCUCUAAGUGUGACAGCUUCCAAGUGGGCACUGUCACAUCCAGCCUGGACUGUCCCCCCAGCUUAUGGCUGACUACUACUGAGCUCCAAGAGGCUAUCCAGAGCACAGCCUGUCCUACUGACUGAUAACCAUUGCAGGAAACAGCAGCAACGAUGGUAGACACAGAGAUACCAUUUUGGGGGAUGAAUUUUGGCAUGAACACUGUAGACCUCUCUGGUUAUGAGAACCAUUCCCAUGACUUUGACAUUAAGCCAUUUGCAACCGUGGACUAUACAAGUAUUUCUACUGCCCACUAUGAAGACAUUGUAGAAGAUAAGAACUUCCUGUGCCGAAAUGACCAGAUGGACGCUGAUUAUAAGUAUGACCUGAAACUACAAGACUGCCAAAACACAAUAAAAUUGGAGCCUCCUUCUCCGCCUUACUAUUCAGACAAGUCACAGUCAUAUAACAAAUCUCAGGACGAGGCCUCUAACUCCUUCAUUGCCAUAGAAUGCCGCGUGUGUGGUGACAAGGCCUCAGGCUUCCACUAUGGGGUCCAUGCAUGUGAAGGCUGUAAGGGAUUCUUUAGAAGAACAAUUCGAUUAAAGUUAAUUUAUGAACGAUGUGAGCUCAACUGUCGUAUCCACAAGAAAAGUCGGAACAAAUGUCAGUACUGCAGGUUCCAGAAGUGUCUGUCUGUUGGGAUGUCUCAUAAUGGGACAGUCUCUCAUUUCAGUUGUUCUCUGGCAGCUUUUCAGUCUCAGGAAUGGUGUUUCCUGGAUGGAACGAAAAAUAGAGAAUGUAUGAUGAGCAUAAAUGACACCAGUAAAAUUGAUAUAAACACGUUCAUCGUAAAUAGGUCUAAAAACUCAACGGAGGAAGUACUUGUGGUGGCCGUAAAGUGCAAGUUCAGCAAGUUAUUGUUAAUAUCUUCCAAAAAGAGAUCAAGUGACGGUUGCUCACUUCUCCAUAUAAACAAUAUAUCGUCUAUAUAG